CCUUACAAAAAAGCCGAAAAUUUCCCCAAACCAACAGAUUCAAGACCCGCACUUUCUCGGUCUCGCUUUGCAGUGAGUCCCCCAUUCUGACUUUUGCUUCUAUUUCGUUCGAUUCGUUUGAAAAAAAAAAAAAGGGUACAAAUGGCCGCUUUAACUCUCCGCUUUCUGUCUCUUUCUGUUUCUUCUCCUCUGUCCUGUCUUUACUUUCACUUCUCUUUAAAAGGUUGGGUCCUCUUUCGUCACCACUCACCCACACCUCGGUCUCUUCCUUCACUGCUUCUCUCGCUUCUUUUUUCCACACCAAACCCAAAAAUAGUGAAACAAAAAAAAAAAGAAAGAAAAAAUAAAUUAAAAGGAAUUCUUUUUUUUUUAAAUUGAAAUUAAAAUGAAGCGCGUUUUCGACGAAAUUUCAGACGAAGAAUGGGAGAACCAUUCUUUCAAGCCUUCUCGUGUUUUAAAGAAAAACCCUAACCCUCGUCCAAUUGAAUCUUUCGCUUUCAAUUCCCAAACUCACGCUAGUUUUUCUUACCAAAGCAGCGACGAUUGCGUCGAAGUCGAACAAUUGGUGGACGACUCCAACUUGGAUGACCACGAUGUUGAAGCCGAGGAUACCGCCGGGCCUGUCAACCGUGCUCGUCGGUUCGUGGUUGAUGAUGACGACGACAAGGAAGAUGAUGAAAAGGACUGCGGUGAAAAUGGUUGUGAGAAGGUGUAUGAUGUUGAGUCGAGUGAAGAGGAGGAAGUGCAAGAGGAUGACGUGGUAGGGAAGGCGUUGCAGAAGUGUGCGAAAAUAUCGACUGAGCUUCGGAAGGAGCUCUACGGGAGUUCCGGCGCUUCUUGUGAACGAUACGCCGAAGUAGAAUCUUCUUCUGUGAGAAUCGUUACACAGAAUGAUAUUGAUGUAGCAUGUGGGGUGGUGGAUUCGGAUUUUCAGCCAAUUCUCAAGCCAUAUCAACUGGUUGGUGUGAACUUUCUUCUUCUUUUGCAUCGUAAGGGUAUUGGAGGAGCUAUAUUGGCAGAUGAGAUGGGUCUUGGAAAAACCAUUCAGGCUAUUACAUAUCUAACUUUGCUGAAACAUCUGAAAAAUGAUCCUGGUCCUCAUUUAAUAGUUUGUCCUGCCUCACUUUUGGAAAACUGGGAAAGAGAACUUAAGAAGUGGUGCCCAUCAUUUUCUGUACUUCAGUAUCAUGGUGCUGGCCGAGCAGCUUACUCAAAAAAGUUGAGCUAUUUGUCCAAAGCUGGAUUACCACCUCCAUUUAAUGUCCUUCUUGUGUGUUAUUCACUUUUUGAAAGACACAGCGUGCAGCAGAAGGAUGAUCGUAAAAUUCUGAAACGUUGGCAUUGGAGCUGUGUGCUAAUGGAUGAGGCCCAUGCUUUAAAGGACAAGAACAGCUUUAGGUGGAAAAAUCUAAUGUCAGUUGCUCGAAAUGCAAACCAACGUCUUAUGCUAACAGGCACACCACUGCAAAAUGAUUUACAUGAGCUGUGGUCAUUGUUAGAGUUCAUGAUGCCUGAUCUUUUUGCCACUGAGGAUGUAGACUUGAAGAAGCUACUAAAUGCAGAAGAUAGAGAGUUGAUCGGUCGUAUGAAGUCCAUUUUGGGACCAUUCGUCUUGAGGCGCUUGAAAUCAGAUGUGAUGCAGCAACUCGUCCCAAAGAUACAACGGGUUGAGUAUGUAAUUAUGGAAAAGCAACAAGAAGAUGCUUAUAGGGAAGCCAUAGAGGAGUAUCGUACAAUUUCACGAGCACGCUUAGCAAAGUUUUCAGAGUCUGACAUGAAUAAUAUUGUUGGAAUUCUUCCUCAACGUCAGAUCUCAAAUUAUUUUGUUCAGUUUCGAAAGAUUGCAAAUCACCCAUUAUUAGUGAGGCGAAUUUAUAAUGAUGAGGAUGUUGUUCGCUUUGCUAAAAGGUUACAUUCAAUGGGUGUUUUUGAAUGUACCUUGGUCAGAGUAAUUGAGGAACUAAAGAAUUACAAUGACUUCUCUAUUCAUCGGCUUUUACUUCGCUAUGAAAUUAGUGGUGGUAAAGGAACUCUUUCUGACGAAUAUGUUAUGCUUUCAGCUAAAUGCCAGGCAUUAGCAGAGCUUCUCCCUUCACUCAAGAGAAGUGGGCAUCGAGUUCUGAUUUUUAGCCAGUGGACAUCAAUGCUUGAUAUCUUAGAGUGGACUUUAGAUGUGAUUGGGGUUACGUAUAGGCGGCUUGAUGGAAGUACUCAGGUGACUGAUAGGCAGACUAUAGUUGAUGAUUUCAAUAAUGACACUUCUAUAUUUGCAUGCUUGUUGUCCACGAGAGCUGGAGGACAGGGUUUGAACUUGACAGGAGCUGAUACUGUAGUUAUUCACGAUAUGGAUUUUAAUCCACAGAUUGACCGACAGGCUGAAGAUCGUUGCCAUCGAAUUGGCCAAACUAGGCCAGUUACCAUAUACAGGCUGGUUACCAAAGGUACUGUUGAUGAGAACGUUUAUGAGAUUGCGAAAAGGAAGUUGACUCUGGAUGCUGCAGUGCUAGAGUCUGGCAUGGAUGUAGAGAAUGAAGGUGACACAUCUGAGAAAACAAUGGGACAGAUACUGGCAUCCCUACUGAUGAGCUAGAACUAAGAGAGUAUGUGAUAGAUUUUUGCUUUUUUUUUUUAAUGUACUUUAGCUGAUUCUUUGUAUGUAACACCCAUUGUUGUAUUUAAAGAGAAAAUUAUAUUGAUCUAUUAGUUAGGGUCAUUUGAUAGAAAAUUAACCUUUAUAAUUGUUAGGGCAUGCCUUACAUGGGUAGUAAUUACCCAACAUCAAUGUAGCAGAAAAUCAGUGAGAAAAUUAUUAGCAGAAGAGACCAGUGACUUUUUGGUGCCUAUAAAACUAAAAGUGUCAAAACCCCACCCCGUGAAUGGUUAAAUCUUCCAUCCUUUCCCUGAAGGGAGAUUAAUAGAUUGUGAUCUUUUAUUUGGUGUAUUAAAGAGUUGCUAUUAUUAUCUUAGAAACCUUUUACUUGGUGAAGGUGGAUUUAUAUCAGUUUUCAUUAUAUAGGUUGCUUAAAAAGUUGAACAAAUUUUAGCAGUUGGCAGGUUGGGAAAUUUAUGGUAAGCAAUCAAGUUGCAUUGGAGCCUAGGGAAUUUGGAUUUGCAGAUGGUAAAGUUCUAGUUACUAUUCUGAUAUAUUUUUCUUUCAAGUUUAUUUUGUUUGGAGGAUGGAAAAGUCGAGUGAAAGCAAAUUACUAGGGCAAUGACUCUAACAUCCCACGUGAUUUUUUCAUGUCUAAACAGUAUCUAGUUCAAUUUACAUUUUAUGCCUUUAAAUCGUGUAGUUUGGCACAUAGCGAGCUUGGGUAGGGGUGGGAUCUGAUUCGAGGAACUAGGGAGGGAAUAUUUAAGGGAUAGGGACAGACGAUAGUCCCCCCUGUGGGGGGUUGGAGGUGGGGCAGGGCUACGGGCCACCCCAGUUUAGGACGUCCUACAACUAUUACUGCCCAUCUACCUCACCAGAUUCCGGUUGCCAUCUCCAUGCACCGUACGACCAUAUCUAUACCAAGAUAUUUCAUUUCUCUUUUAUGUGUUUCUUUUCAAGUCAUGUGAUAGCUUUUUUUUUUUUUCCCUUUUUAGCAACAUAUGAUAGCUUAAUGUUU